GACAGGCACAGGUUUGAAUUCGGUUUCUCAGGGCAAAGCUUCUACUGCCUGCUGGAGGAUGGAGGCCGAAGAGGCGUUUGCAGGGCUGGUGCUUUUCAAGCGGCUGUCGGAGGAGAAAAGAGAUGUUUAACAGGGAUGUUUGGGAACCGGAGUAUCAGAGUCACCGGGCUGUCCCUUUGCCAGAGUAGCUGCAAGCCUAAGUUUUGGCAUAGGGGAAGCUAUUUUGCCAGCCACUUCAUCAUGGGAGGAGAGAAGUUUGACUCGACUCACCCCGAAGGCUACCUGUUUGGAGAGAACAGCGAUCUGAACUUCCUGGGGAACAGACCAGUGGCGUUUCCUUAUGCUGCGCCACCUCCCCAGGAGCCAGUGAAGACUCUGAGGAGCCUGAUCAACAUCCGAAAGGACACUCUAAGGCUCGUCAAAUGCGCUGAGGAGGUGACGAGCCCGGGGGGAGAGGCCGGCCCGGCGAAGGCCCAUUACAACGUGGAGUUCACCUUCGAUACCGACGCCCGGGUGGCCAUCACCAUCUACUACCAGGCCACGGAGGAGUUCCAGAACGGCGUCGCCAGCUAUAUCCCCAAAGACAACCGCCUGCAGUCGGAGACGGUGCACUACAAGCGAGGGGUGUGCCAACAGUUCUGCCUGCCCUCCCACACCGUGGACCCCUCGGAGUGGGCUGAAGAGGAGCUUGGCUUCGAUCUGGACCGGGAGGUGUACCCCUUAGUGGUCCAUGCCGUGGUGGACGAAGGAGACGAGUAUUUCGGCCAUUGCCACGUACUGCUGGGCACUUUCGAAAAGCACUCAGACGGGACUUUCUGCGUCAAGCCCCUCAAGCAGAAGCAAGUGGUAGACGGGGUCAGCUACCUCCUCCAGGAGAUCUACGGAAUCGAAAACAAGUACAACACGCAAGACUCCAAGGUGGCUGAGGACGAAGUGAGUGAUAACAGUGCCGAGUGUGUGGUGUGUCUCUCGGACGUCCGGGACACCUUGAUUCUGCCCUGUCGCCACCUCUGCCUGUGUAACACCUGUGCAGACACCCUGCGCUACCAGGCCAACAACUGCCCCAUCUGCCGACUGCCCUUCCGGGCACUGCUUCAGAUCCGAGCCAUGAGGAAAAAAUUGGGCCCCUUGUCCCCGACCAGCUUUAACCCCAUCAUCUCAUCCCAGACAUCCGACUCGGAGGAGCAUUCAUCCUCAGAGAACAUUCCUCCGGGUUACGAAGUGGUGUCUCUCCUGGAGGCCCUCAAUGGGCCCCUCACCCCGUCCCCGGCGGUCCCUCCACUCCACGUGCUCGGAGACGGCCACCUGUCAGGAAUGCUGCCCGCGUACAGCCCUGACGGCCAGCUGCCCCCCGUCAGGACGCUCUCCCCAUUGGACCGCCUGUCCGACUGCAGCAGCCAGGGACUCAAGCUCAAAAGGAGUCUGUCCAAGUCCAUCUCCCAGAAUUCUUCCGUGUUGCCGGAGGAGGAGGACGAGGGCUCCUGCAGCGAAUCCAAGACUCACCUGUCUCAGGGGCCGUCGGCCCAGCAGCUCGGACAGGAAUGCGACGUGACCCCAGACAGUGAGAAUCUGACCUUGUCAUCAUCGGGAGCCAUCGGCCAGUCGUCUUGCACGGGGACGCCUCUCUCUUCCACAAUUUCCUCCCCAGAAGACCCUGGCAGCAGCAGUCUGGCCCAGUCGGUCAUGUCCAUGGUGUCCUCCCAGAGCCAGCACUCCCAAGUCAGCACCGACACAGUGUCCUCCAUGUCCGGCUCCUACGUGGCCCCCGGCACUGAAGAGGAGGGAGAGGCUCUCCCUUAUCCCCGGGCCGCCAGCAGGGGCCCCUCAGAGGACGGAGAGGUGAUGCCAGUGACAUCUCCCGACAGCAACUUUGUCGGCCUCGCUGAAGAGCAGGAUGCAGAGGUAACACCAGUGGGGGACAGCCAGGACGGAUUGCCCACGCAAGAAGAUGGCCAGAGGACAUGCGCAUUUCUAGGUAUGGAGUGUGACAAUAACAAUGACUUUGACAUCGCAAGCGUGAAAGCACUGGACAAUAAGCUGUGCUCUGAGGUCUGCUUACCCGGCACCUGGCAAGCUGAUGACAACGUUGCCAGCCGUCGGAAUGCACAGCACCGGCGCUUGUCCAGCAGCCUGGAGGACACAGAGCACAGGCCCUGUGUGUGGGGUCCUUUGGCCGUCUGAGGGCCCCGGCCCCAUACCAGGGCUGCCCUCCUGUUCCACCCUGACCUCGCGGGACCGCUGGCCCCCUGGACAUGCUCAGCGAGACACAGGGAGACUUUUAUACCCGUGCGAAAGCCAGACUUUGAGAUCAGCCUGCUCCUUCUCCCAGCCUCGUCUCCUUCCAUGACCACGAUCUCUUCCCUCUCCGAAGGGACCAGACGUCUCCUUUCUCCUCACGGGCUAAAGCCACUCCGUGAACUGCGUCUCGUGAGACCCUUUGCAGAGACUCUGGAAUGUUCCCACCACAUCUUGAUCUUCAGGUGGAGCCAAGGUCUGCAGGCUGAUGGUGCAUCUUUUCUCUGCUGAGGAGUUAGACCAAGAAGACCCAGAGUCUGAGCAGCUUCAUCACAGACACCCACCUGGCAUUUUCUGGUUUCUGGGACACUGUAACCAGUUUGAAACCUCCAAUUUGGGGUGGGGUUGGGGGCGACUCCGGUGAGAAGGGAAAGCCACAUUGCGCCGUAAGUAGAGGCUCCCUCACAAAGCUAGAGGAGUGCCUUUCCCAAGGACAGGGGACAUGGUGGCAACCGAAAGUUCUUGCUUCUGGCGGCCGAGCUCGUCUCCUGUGCCUCGUGUGUCUGUCUGCUUAAGAAGGCGGCCUUGACUCUGAGACUCCCCCAUUCAAUGAAACCCCGAGGAGGGUUUCUUAGGAUCAGGUGCAUUCGCGAAGGCCUGGGACUCCAUCCUAAGGUGAUAUUUCAAAAGACACGUUUUUCGACCACCUCUGUGCCAGGCACUGUGUCGGGAGCUGUCGUAUAUCAUCACGUUUCAUCACUAAGGCCCUGACAGGCGGUAUUCUUUGCCUCCACUCCUUUUUGUUAAUAGUUGAAGAAAUAGUCUGAGAGACGGGUGGACCAGUUUGGUGCCCAGGAGCCCCAAAGCGGGUGGUGAGGCGUGUUGAGCUGGGGCCAGCAGGGGAUGGGGAGCCUGAUGGCUGUGGCCAGGACCUUCACCUCUGGGAGCCUCCCCACCCCACGUUUUCCUCCCCUGCCUUCCAAUUCUCCUGAGCCUGAUAGGGGAAGGGGAGGUGUUGCCUUCCGUAGGCUCGUUGGAGAUUUAGACAUGUUCAAAUCGUGUGCCCCACCCCGCCCCAUCCCAGCCCAGAGCAGAGCAUAGAAACAGAAGGCUAAAACAAGUCUCAACUGUAAGCCGCGGGUUAGUCCCCUCUCGACACUAGUGUGAUGGAUGGAUUCCGCACAGCUCUUGCACAGAUGCUAUGUCUACUAGCUUUUGGAAAAGGUGGUGGCUUAGUGGAGCAUAGGAUUGGGCGGCAGAGCUGGAUACAACAGUUUGUGAGGCUGAGCUGUAGCGGGGCCUCGGGCUAGGCCCAUCCUGAUGGCCUGUCUUAGUAUUCGGAAUUGUCACCCUAGAAGAGCUUCUCGGGGCCACUUCCAAGACCUCGAAGAGAGCCCAGUGCCCAGGGGGUCCUUUGCACAUUCUUUGUGGCCUCUGUGCACCGCCAGGACCCUCAUACUGCCUAGCGGUUGGGGCUCACGUCCUGCCCUGUUGUGCGAGAUGGGGGCGGCUGUUGUUCAGACAGAUGUGACGUGAACCGAGCUGGAAUCUAAACUUCUGUCUUGAGUUCCCACAUCCACCCUCUCUGAAAUCCUGCAAAACUGUUGGGUCAGGCCCCAUUCCGUGUCCUUCCUUUCUCCCGACAAACUCCCAGCCCCUUCCAUAUUUAAGAUCUGAGCAAUAACUCUACUUCCUGAUGUCCUUGAAGUUCGAACCCCAGAAACACCAGGGAAUAGGCACCUCCCUUAGCCCUAGGGUGGUGGCACAUGGACCCACCUCCUCUCCCAGCAGGUAGUAUUCACAGUGUGGUGUUACCUGAGAUGAAGGAGAUGCGGGUAAACAGUAGCCACAGUGGCCAGGAACCCUAAGGGGAAGCCAUUAUCUUCACCCCUUCUGGAGGGUCUGUGUCCUCUUCCAGGCAGAGGCUCAGGAAGAUUUUUCUAGGCCUUGGUUCCAUAACCAAGACACAUCCGCAUUAGAAUGGUCCUUCUCUCCUUGUUUCUCAGACACUUCCUGUCCUCUCCCCGCACCCCCUUGCUCUCAUUUAGAUCUUCGGAAGCAGAAAUAUCCCAUCCAAAGGGGCUGGUCCUCAGUCAGCUGGAUCAGGGAACAGGGCAGCUGCCAGCCCUACUGCCGCAUCCAUCAUGGAGACAGUUGUGUUAUAAGCAGUUGACCCAGAGAGAAUGGGACAGGACCUGGCUUCUCACACGAGGGCACAGACUGGAGGCCUGAGACUCCUUCCCGCCACACUCAGGUCCGAGCUCUCGUAUGGCCUUGGGCAGUGUGGCGAUCCUGGCCUCCUCACAGAGCCUUUUCCCCUUCCCCUACCCAAUUCCAUCCUACUGGAGUUCAUGCCCAUGCUGGGGCAUCUCCUGGGCACAAGCCCACACACUUUACGCCAUCUCACCUGGGGAGAGUUAGUGUCCUGUUCCCUUGAUGUUGGCACGCUUGUUGCUCACUUUGCUUUAGGAUCUGCACACCUGGUGUGUGCAAGUGUGUGUGUGUACUGCUGUGCCAUCUGUGUACCCCUGUCACUCCCUGGAGUUACACUCAUGGGCACAUGACAAUGGGGACAUCAAGGAUGCAAUAUUUAUGGAUUGCUGCAUGAUUCUUAAAAAUGAAUAAAACUGUUUACCAGGGAAGGGGAGCUGUUAA